GCCAAGUUUCCCCUGGGGCGCCCGCCGCCGCCAGUGCCGCUGCGCUGGGCAGUCGCUCCCCGGUCCUCCAUCUCGCCGCCGCCCGGCCAUGGAGCUGUGGCAGGUGCCGCUGCUCUUCUCGCGGCUGCCUAUGUUCCCCUUCUUCGACCUGGCGCACUAUGUGGCCUCCGUCAUGGCGCUGAAGGAGCAGCGGGGAGCAGUGGAAGUGUCAGUCCGAAGUCCAGUUGCCUGCUGGUUUAGUGCUAUGCUUUAUUGCUUUGGUGGUUCAGUUUUGUCUUCGUUGAUGCUUGCAGAACCUCCAGUAGCAUUUCUGGUGAGGGGCACAAAUAUUCUACUGGCAUCUUCAGUCUGGUAUCUUGUGUUUUACUGCCCACAAGACAUAUUCUACCGGUGCUUUGCCUUUCUGCCUCUUCGGCUUCUGGUUGCAGGAAUGAAAGAAGUGACUAGGACUUGGAAGAUAACAGCUGGCGUUGCACAUGCAGACAGUCACUUCAAAGAUGCCUGGCUUGUCAUGGUAGCUGUGGGCUGGGCCAGAGGAGCUGGUGGUGGACUAAUUUCCAACUUUGAGCAGCUGGUGAGAGGAGUAUGGAAACCUGAAACCAAUGAACUACUGAAGAUGUCCUACCCUGUGAAGGUAACUUUGAUAGGAGCCAUUCUUUUCACCCUGCAACACAGCCAGUACUUUCCAAUAACAAGACACAACCUCAUGUUUUUAUACACUGUCUUUCUUGUCGUCUCCAAGGUAACAAUGAUGUUGACAAGAUCUGCAACUUCUCCAUUUGCUCCCUUUGAGGCUGCAUUAGGCCAUAUGUUCUUUGGCUUGCAAAAGACACCAUACAAAGUGAAGGGUGAAGGUGCCGCAUCUUCCAAUGGUUCUUCAGUCUGUGACCGAUCUUCUUCUGAACAGCACCAUGAUGGUGUUAAGAAAAGACAGGCAAAGAAAACAGAAUAAGUGGCUCAAAAUCCUUGAUGGUCAUAACCUUUGAAGAUGUUUGUAUUUCAGAUUAGGCUGGCUGAGAAAAUUGUUUAAAGAAAUGCAUGUGAGGAGAGAACAGGGCUGUAUACUACUGUGUUGUUGUUCGCCUUCGGAAUGUGUUUUGUAAGCUACUGUUCAGAUGUCUAAAUGCACAUGUUGGAUUUGUAAGUUAAAAACUAUAAAUUUUUAUAGUGGUUAUAAUUUACUAAAUUUUGUAUUUAUGAUAA